AUGGCCGUUUAUAGUAAACGUGUUCGGCAUGAGGGCAAAGAAGACCCAAAUCUGAUCUCCCUCACGACAACUUCAGUUCCCAUGAAAUACGACUACACUGUCGAUAAUCAUGGGGGCCUCGAUGUAACCGAUGCGUUGGUCUUAACCUUUUCAAUUUUACUUGGCCUACUCUUUUACAUAAUCAUUAUCGUCGUCAUAUACUUGUAUUUACGCGACCGCAAUAGGCAACGGGAUUGCAAGGAAAAUUUCAUCUCUCUAGGAGUGCAAACCGAUCCUUUAACGCCACGGAGGGUAUCUUCAAAUUCGCAAAGUUCCUUUCGGUCGGUAGUUCAAAGCUCCACUUCAUCACACACUCGAAGAUCAUCUACCCAAACCAAGAGACACAUGUCCAUUCAGGUCACCCCUCAAACUUUAACCAUAACUCUGAUGCCUCAUGAAAUUCAAGAUCUGGUCGAGAAGGUAACCGAAAUAACCAAACCGAAUGCUUCACAAAAAUCACGCCGCAUAUUCCCGCAGCCCGCGACCGUAAUUCCACCUCAGAAGCCAUAUCCCAUAAAUCCCCCUCCAAAAUGUCCCACCGCUUUGCCACAAGAAUGUCCCAUCAUAAUUAUUUCCCCACCUCAGAAAUCGCUUUCGUUGGCAACGGAACAACUGACUGAUCAAUUCAUUGCUGAUCGAAUGACAUUGCUUAUGAAUGAGUUAACCGGAGAACAAGAGAACCUCGAUG